GCGUGGAGGCGCGCGCGGCGGCCGAACUAGCGGUAGUCAAGCCUGGGAGCUGCAGGCUCGUGCGGGGCCCGCUCGGCCGCGCGCGCCCCCGACGAAAAAGGACUGGACAGUGCCGGGGCGUUCUCAGAUCACCGCUCGCUAGAGUCCGGCCCCUCCCAACUGCGAAUCCGGGUGGCCGUGAUCCCUAGGUUGCAGAGCACUACCUAGGCCGCCUCUGACCAGGAAGGGGCGCGGGGACUGGGACUGUGGGCCUCUCGGUUAGCGAGCUGUGGGGUUGCGGAAGGUUAGUGACAAACGCGCGCUGGGCCGUCGCCUCUGCCGCUUUGCUUGGGAGAACUAGAAGUGGCGUCGGGCUUUUUAAUGAAAGUGGAGCUGAACCUUAAGCAGUUGCUCUCAAUUUGGAAUAUUCUGGAUAAACUGAGAAGACAACAAGGAACAACAGCCCUCUCUCUUCCAGGCUCUUCUCCCUGCCACCUCUUCCCAGGAGAAGUCUGCACACAGGAAAUUCUAGGAAGACAUUGUCAAAGUUAAUUAUGAAAACGUUUGUCAUUGGAAUCAGUGGUGUGACAAAUGGUGGGAAGACCACACUGGCUAAAAAUUUGCAGAAACACUUUCCAAACUGCAGUGUCAUAUCUCAGGAUGAUUUCUUUAAGCCAGAGUCAGAGAUAGAGACAGAUGAGAAUGGAUUUCUGCAGUAUGAUGUGCUUGAAGCACUUAACAUGGAAAAAAUGAUGUCCACCAUUUCUUGCUUGCUGGAAAGCUCGAGACACCCACAGGGAUCAACAGACUGGAGAAGCACUGAGGAAGUUCCCAUAUUAAUCAUCGAGGGUUUCCUUCUCUUUAAUUAUAAGCCCCUUGACACUAUGUGGAAUAGAAGCUACUUUCUGACCAUUCCGUACGAAGAAUGUAAGAGGAGGAGGAGUACAAGGGUGUACCAGCCUCCAGACCCGCCAGGAUACUUUGAUGGCCAUGUGUGGCCCAUGUAUCUGAAGCACAGACAGGAAAUGGAGGGCAUCACAUGGGAAAUUGUUUACCUAGAUGGAACAAAAUCUGAAGAGGACCUCUUUUCACAAGUGUAUGAAGAUCUAAGACAAGAACUUGCAAAGCAAAAAUCGUCCUGGCAAAGCCAACCCGGAGGGGUCCUCAGCAAAGCCUGCUUUAACCCUCAGUUCAGGACUGAACUAGUGGGGAGGCCCUCUGACCUUUCCGCUGACUACUCUUUAAGCUUCUCCUAACAUCUCAUAAAACUGCUUAACUAAUUUUCCACUCCGUGCAUAUUAAAUAGUAAUUGUGAUAAAAUAAUAAUAACAAAAGGGAAACAACAAAGAUCGGAUUUAAUUAAAAAUGCAACAAUAAGUGACCCGGGUGAGUAAGGAUAUGAAGCUAUGUAUUUAAUUCAAUCCUUAUUUAACCCUUAAUUCAAUCCUUAUUUAAAUCCAGACUUUGAGGCAAAAUUGAAUCAUUACCUGUUCUUACUAUAACAAAAUAGUCUAGCUUCCAGCAACAUUCAAACUUCCUUUAAGAAGGUUCAUUUUCAUCUCAUUAUAAAAGUAUAUUAAUUACAAAAUAAAAUUUUAAUGUAAGAGCAAAAGAGAAAAGAUAAUCACCUAUAUUUCCACCAGUCAGCAGUGUUAAAAUUUAAUGAGUAUACACCCAAUGUUUUGGCUGUUCACAUUCAUAUCUUCUGUAUGGUUACAUAGUUUACAUGGUUAAUUGUGAUGCUCAUUUCUUUUUUAAAUUAAUAUUUAAUACUUAAGGAACUUUAUAGAGUCCAUUAUAUAAUGAAAUUGAAUAAAACUAAUAAAUAGCUCUCCCAGUUAAAGGAUUAAAGGUAAAGGCUGAGUUCUGUGUUGCUCAUUGAAAGUGAAUUAUAAGACUUGACGUAAACGUCUUAGUGCAGAAGAUGUCACAUGUCUACUUUCAAAUAGGAAUAAGAAACUUCAAAAUAGGCCCUGCCUGUGUCACCCAGUUAGUUGGAGCGUUAUCCCAAUAUGCCAAGGUUGUAGGUUCAAUUCCCAGUCACAGCACAUGCAAGAAACAACCAGUGAAUGCAUGAAUGGAUGGAACA